CGCUCCUGGUUUUGACACUCUGCUCGCUUUACCUCUGUCUCGCUCUCCACUCCUGCAUUGCUGUACAAGCAGAUGUUCCUUCGCUAAAACCAGUUCAUACGGAAUUUGUACCGACGAAGGAGGCAUUUCACAAACAAGAGAGAAUAUAAGAGAAGAACAGGCAGUCUGACCGCCGCUCCUCCGCUUCAGAACAGAGCGGAUCGCUACUUAGACCAAUAAAAAGCGCUGGCUGUUACGGCGCAGCAAGCCUUUCUGUAUUUACCACACCUGCGAUGAGCCGUUUCUGAGCAACGAAGACGCACAGCGGGGAUACCAAUGGACAAGGUUCCGGACGAGGGUAUUUGUUGAAAGAGCACAGAUGCAACGCAGUAAGAUUGGCUGAGGAGCGCGAGAACUGCCUUUUUGGACCUACGAGCUAGAGAUACCAGUCUUAUUUCUGCUGUGUUCACAUUCUUUGUUGAAACUUAAUCGGAAAGGUGAUAAUUACGAUGGUGUUCUACCUGGUUUCCUUUGUCAGCUGGAGGUCCAGAGUAAUGCUCGCGCGUAGCUUGCUGCUUUUCGCCGGAUUUACCUGCAUCGACUCCCAGCAUGUCGCCACGGCGACCAACCCCCUGCCGGCGGCCUUCUCAGACCUGCUGCCCCACUUCCUGGUGGAGCCGGACGACGUUUACAUCGUGAAGAACAAGCCGGUCACCCUGACCUGCCGCUCCACGCCCGCCACGCAGAUCUACUUCAAAUGCAACGGCGAGUGGGUUCACCAGGACGACCACCUGAUCGAGCGCACCGUAGAUCCUGCCACUGGACUGCCAGUGAUGCAGGUAAAAAUCGACAUCUCUCGACAGCAGGUGGAGAAGGUGUUUGGGCUGGAGGAUUAUUGGUGCCAGUGCGUGGCCUGGAGCACUACGGGAACCCAGAAGAGCCAAAAGGCAUAUGUGCGGAUAGCCUAUCUGCGGAAGAAUUUUGAAGAGGAGCCACUGGGCAAGGAAGUAGCGCUGGACCAGGAGGUUCUACUGAGGUGCCAUCCCCCUGAAGGCGUGCCAACAGCGGAGGUGGAGUGGCUAAAGAAUGAAGAGGUGGUUGACCCUGCCAGCGACCCCAAUUUCUACAUCACCGUGGACCACGACCUCAUCAUCAAACAGGCACGCCUGGCUGACACUGCCAACUACACCUGCGUGGCUAAAAACAUUGUGGCACGCCGCAAAAGCUCCUCCGCCACGGUCAUUGUUUAUGUCAACGGCGGUUGGUCCACAUGGACGGGGUGGGCGGCCUGCAGCGCCACCUGUGGGCGGGGCUUUCAGAAGAGGAGUCGGAGCUGCACAAACCCCACCCCCUUGAACGGCGGGACCUUCUGCGAGGGGCAGAACAUCCAGAAAAGCGCCUGCACUGCCACCUGUCCAGUAGAUGGAGGCUGGAGUGGGUGGAGUAAGUGGUCAGCUUGUGGAGCAGACUGCACCAUGUGGAGGAGUCGAGAGUGCAGCCAGCCCGCGCCUGGGACAGGAGGCAGAGACUGCCACGGCCUGGACCUGCAGUCUGUAAACUGCACCAGUGAACUCUGCCCUCAGACUGCUUCGGGCCCUGAGGACGUGGCGCUGUACGUGGGGAUCGUUGCCGUGGCGAUCUGCCUGACGCUGCUGCUGAUCGUGGUGGUGCUGGUGUACCGGAGGAAGAAGGAGGGGCUGGACGCUGACGUGGCCGACUCCUCCAUCCUCACCACUGGCUUCCAGCCCGUGGGCGCCAAGCCCGCCAAGCCAGGUGCGUGGGCACCGCGCCGGCCGCCACGCUGCAAGAACUCCCAUUUGCUUACCAUCCAGCCCGAUCUCACCACCACCACAAGCAGCUACCAGGGCAGCCUGAGAUCGCGGCACGACACCUCGGGCAAGCUGUCGGUGACCAACGGGCCCCUGCUGGACCCGCUGCCCAACGGCUCGCACACGCUGCACAACGGCAAGCUGUCGUCCGACCCUGCCGAGCUCAUGAACCGGCUGUCCGCGCAGGGCUACUUUAAAACGCUGCCCCGCGACACCGCCAACACCUCCUACGGCACCUUCAACUUCCUGGGAGGGAGGCUGACCAUCCCCAACACCGGAAUCAGCCUGCUCAUUCCUCCAGAGGCCAUUCCCAGAGGGAAGAUCUACGAGGUUUAUCUCACCGUUCACAGGAAGGAGGACAUCAGACUGCCCCUCGCCGGCUGCCAGACCCUCCUCAGUCCCAUCAUCAGCUGUGGCCCUCCCGGAGUGGUUCUGACCCGGCCCGUCAUCCUCAGCAUGGACCACUGCUCCGAUGCCAACCCGGAAAACUGGGCCAUGAGGCUGAAGAAGCAGUCCUAUGAGGGCUCAUGGGAGGACGUGCUGCAGGUGGGGGAGGAGCUUCCCUCCGACCCCUUCUUCUGCCAGCUGGAGACGGAGACGUGCCGGGUGUUCACGGAGCAGCUGGGCCGUUUCGCCCUGGUGGGCGAGUCGCUCAGCAUGGCCGCCGGGAAGCGGCUGAGGCUGGUGGUGUUCGCCCCCGCGCACUGCACCUCGCUGGAGUACAGCAUCCGCGUCUACUGCAUGGACGACGCGCAGGACGUGCUGAAGGAGGUGAUGCAGAUGGAGAAGCAGCUGGGCGGGAGGCUGAUUGAGGAGCCCCAGGUCCUGCUCUUCAAAGACAGCUACCACAACCUGCGCCUGUCUCUGCACGAUAUGCCCCGUACACACUGGAGGAGCAAGCUAAUGGCAGGCUACCAGGAGAUCCCCUUCUACCACAUCUGGAGCGGCUCCCAACGCAGCCUGCACUGCACCUUCACCCUGGAGCGCCUCAGUCUGAGCACGUGCCAACUCACCUGCCAGCUCUGCGUGUGGCAGGUGGAGGGGGAGGGGCAGAGCUUCAACCUCGACUUCAACAUCGCCAAGGACACCAGGCCGAUGGACGCCGACUUCUUGAUGAUGGACAACAGCGCCCCCGCUCUGGCGGGCCCCAGCGCGUUCCAGAUUCCAUAUCUGAUCCGACAGAAGAUCUGUAGCAGCCUGGACACGCCCUGUCCUCACGGAGCCGACUGGAGACUGCUGGCGCAGAGACUCCAGCUAGACAGGCACCUCAGUUUCUUUGCGUCCAAAGCCAGCCCCACCUCAGUGAUCCUGGACUUGUGGGAAGCGCAGCAUUUCCACAGCGGAAAUCUCAACCAGCUGGCGGCCGUCAUGGCCGAGAUCGGCAAGCAGGAAGCCAUGAUCUUCCUGGUGACGGACGGGGAGUGCUAACCCCCCUCCCGCUCGGAGAGGAAGACGAAGGAGCCCGGACGGCAAACUCACCAACGGGAUGAGGAGGAGGAGAAGAAAUCAAGUACAGGGUUCGACUUUCCCCACCCCCGCCCCCUGACCUCGAAAUAACUCACACGAAACCCCUAAGCGGAGCCCAUGUCUGGGAGACACCUGUGGUAACUCUGUCAGCGAGGUGUUUUUAAUCAAGAGCACGGGGGCAGGAGGAGUGUUGGGGGGGGAAUGUAUGUAGGGGAGGGAGAGAGUGAGACACACGACUCGGCCAAGCUUUUUUUCUUUUUUUAUACAUUUGUUCUGUCUUUUACCAAAAAAGUAAGUGUAUCGGUUGAAUAUCACUCCCACUCCCUCCACCCCCAUGACUAAUAAACCCAGGGGAGGGGGGGGGGGGGGGGGCAUUUCACAGAUUGCAGUGGACCCUGCAGUCAUUUGGAGCAAGGGUCCCCAAACCUGGCUAUACAGAGCCAGGCGAUCUGCUCAUUUUCAUUGUUACUCAGCUCUUAAGUGAUCAGUUAAAGCAGGUGAUUAUUAAGUUACCUCACCUGGUUAAUUAGGUCUAAAUUGCGUACUGGUUUUUAAUGUGAAAACAAAAACCAGAAAAGUUGGCUCUCCAAUGCCAGGGUUGAGGAGCCCUGCUCUGGGUUUUUUCCACACUAGCUAGGGUAAUGCAGGACGAUUCCAUGGGCCCUGACUGACAGGGAAAUAUAAGAACAUUGAAUUUUCUGGCCUGAGUGAGGUCUUUUCAUGGGGCCCAAACUCCCUGGUGGUGCCUGUGGUUGUAUAUGAAUGCACACACUGUCCUUGUCACUCUGUGCAUGGAUUUCUCCUAAGAAUCACAGUAAACAUGUCUGUAGGGCUCUAAGCAGCUGUGUUGCAGCUGAACCCUCGGGUCUUGUAGCUAUUGUAAUGAGUCCAGACAGAAGCAACUGCAUCACUCUACAAAUUUUUUGCAGGCCAUAUGAAUCCAUAGGCCUGCAUUCAGUCAAUAUUCGUCCUUGACGUUGCCUCAGAAUUAAGUACAGGUAUUAGUAUUUAGUCACAAAUGACAAAAACGUCAUGCUGCCUACAGUACAUGCAGGCCUCUGGCCUUUGAGUCGGAGUCCAGGUCUGACUCUGUUUAAACUCGGCCGCCUUGGGCAACUGGCCCCAGAUAAGCAGCCAUUACGGCUCUGGAGCCAGACCGAGUGCACGGGCACGCUAAUCUGAGAAUCUGUGAAAUGCCCCUGCCUUUCUAAAAGCUUUAUCCAGUCUGGUAUGUGUGUCACAUGCUCACUGCAGCAGCCUGUGUGACUUCCAAUUUGGGAACCCUGUGACAAUGAAAGCAGUGUUACAUUUUGGGGGCGCGAGGGGGACAAGCCUAAUUACUGGACUUACUUAAAAGUCUUCUGAACAACUAUUUGAAAAUCCCUUUUUAAUUCUCUUUCCUGCCCACACAAACGAAUGAAGGCGAGUCUCAUCUCCUCGGUGCUGGUUAAUUUCAGUUUUACAGAAAUACAUAAAUAACCCGCAGUUUCAGUGGUUUAUUUGUCAUUGAACGUUUAAUAUCUUUUACAAUGUUUCAGUAAUAUGUAUUAUAAUAUUUUUCAUAAUAAAAUAUGUAAUUCUGUCCUCCUUUAUUCUUAAAAGUUUUCUCAAGGAGAACAUGAGAAAUGACUUCUAGGAUGUAAUGUAAUGAGGUUAUUUUGAAUCGAUUAUAGCAGCAAGUCAUUUUUAAUUUCAGAUGCAAUGCUACCAAAUGUACCAUUGCUUGUUUUUCUAUAUUAAAAUUUACUUUGUUUCUAAUGUAGCUCUUUGGCUGGAGGGUGUCCACCAAACAUUCAAAUGCUAAUAUUAUGCAGCAUAACACACUUCUGAAUAUGAAUUUCUUUCUUAUUGCAUUAUUUCUGUGGGGACACCGUACAGUUGGAACUGUGGAUGCAGCCAAAUGUUGGAAGGAUUUGAGAUUCUGGUCUUAAGCCUUCAUUAUUAAUAAUUCAGAGAGAAACAGAAGCAACAAUAACAGUGGAUCAUGAGCGAUAGUCCUCACGUAAUUGGGAGGCGGCUGAUGGCAGGUUUAUUUCCGCCGGCAAAUUUCUCACAAAGCCGCACCUUUGAAGGCGAACUCAUUCGUUACGACAGAGAAAGACAGCGCGGUUGUGUCCUUACAGUAAGCCCUGUCUGUCUGUUUCAGGUCGCAGUGAUGAAUGCCCGCCAGCAGAUGUGAGAAUGGAGACAAACAAACAGACAGACAGGUGCUGGCUUCCCUCACCCUGCAUGGUCGGUGCAUACGAGUCUCGCGUGUAGUGGGUAGCAAAGGCACUUGUUCAAAGGCCUGUUUCACAGUUAAAAUCUAGCAGUUGUGAAAGCUACUCUAUUAUAUUUUAUUAGAGGGUGGGGGCAGGCAUGCUGUAAUAGAACAAGGUGGGGGGGGAAUCGCGUGCACGUUUGACGUUUCAGUCCACAAGGACUUUGUUUGGAACAUUUUCGAUGGAAACAUUGCCUGUGUGUGCACAUUGUAAAACAUAUCACAUACACAUAUGUACGCAAGCAUCGUGUGGACAUAAAUUCCUUAUUUUCAGUGUUGUUCUUUUUUUUUUUUUUUUGGUCCUGCACCAACAGCAUAGUUUGGAUAAUUUGUAUUACUCAGACCUGUAGUCCCCAGCAGUGUAAUCCGAAAGCCAGACAAAGAAUAGCGUCUGACCCACAAAAACUGUCACACGUGUAGCAGUACAUGCACAGCGUGGUCACAGUGGUGGCAAGGCAAUACAGGUUGUAUUGUGGACUGCAAAUUCUUUCCUGUUCGUCCAGGCCCAGUUAUUUUCCUUUUUCCUCUACGUCGCCAGGCUCAAUCGCCACCCAAUGUAAUUUUCAAGUUCGCAAAGUUUUGCUCUUUAUGUGAUGGCACUGACUAUUUUUAAAGACCGCUAUAAAAAUUUAUAGUGGCUGACCUCAUUUGUCGCGAUCGCGUCACAGAUCGCCUCUGCCCCGAACAGACAACACUGAUAUUAUCUUGAUUUAAGUAAGGAACCAUCUCGCAGGAGAGCAGGCCAUUUCCCAACUUCACUGUAACCCUGAACUAUUUUUCUUCACCGCGCCUUAGUGAGUUCCGAGUGCGUAAAUUGUAUUGCUAUCGUGUAAAAGUAGAUAUGACAAUUUCUCUAUCUGUGUGCACACGCGAACACGUUCAGUGCGUGUAAAUUUGUCGUGUUUAACGCAUCUGGUGAAAAGAGGAGAAAGCAAAGAAAAUUAUGUUCACGGUGGCUUUAUAUCGUCACGUUAUGUUAAGAACAGCUUCUUUCUUUGUCAACGUGGUUUGCUUUAGAUUAGGAUUCGCUUGUCUUUGGCUCGGUGGUUUGUGUAAAAUGAUUGUCCGGUUUCUUGAAUGUGGAAGAGGAGAGGAGUUCAGGAUGACAAUGUGCGGCAUUAAAAUAGUUUUCCCUAUACAAAUGGGUAAAGCCAUUUAAAGCUUUUGUUUUUAUGUUAUUGAGUACUGUAAUUACCAGUUAUCUGAGUUUUCGGUUUGCUUGUGCAUUGCGCCAUAUAACGUUAAUGGCUUUUGGGGGUUUAACAAAGUUUCAAGGGUCAUAUAAUGGAAUCUGGAUUCCUGUGAAUGGAUGAAGUAAUUUCCUGCAAACAAACGUGAAUCACAUUGAGCAAAACAACACGGGUCGAUAGUUUAUUAAUUUUUUAUAUGAUUUAUUUAAAGUUUGUUUUCAUUGACUACCCCCAAAGUGUUUACGGCGCGUGUAGCUGUAAAUCUCGGAGUCUCCGUGGGAAUAGAUAGCCAGCAGCAGAAAACCGCAAGAAUCGCGUAGCCUUUCACUUCAUGCAGGUUUUAAACACCCUCCUGGUAACUACUUUGCCAUGUGGAAAUGCAAGACUUUCUUCUAAGGAGCUUUGUAAAUAACAGUUUUUUUCUAAAUUAGUAAGACACUAACGCAGUACAUUUAUGAGCAAUUGUUGGUAACCAAAGUUUUAUGAAAUUACAUUUGAGCUCAUUUUUAAGAUUAUCUUUGGUAGUCUGGUAUAGGGGUAUCGUUUUCUGCAUUUCAAAACAAGACAGAUAAAUGUCUUGUACCUUUAUGCUGCGCCUACCAGCUGCAUAGCCCAUCUUUACACAAACGCGUCACUAGUCAUGUCAAUCAAACAACAGUUCUCCCUUCAUAUUUUUUUUACAAUAAACCUCAGACGUCAUGAGAGCACUAUCUUACCCAGCAUUUAACCAGUAAUACAAACGUUUAAUAAGUCAAUCUUUGUAAAGAAAUGUAAAUGAUAUUUUAAUAUGGAAAGUUGUAACCAAAAAAAUAUAUCUGGCGCAGUGUUUGUCAACGCAUAACAUGUGAAGUAUUUGCCUACUGUUCAUUGGAGAUAUACCGUUUUAUGGAUUAUUUAUGCUGUGUUAAGGGUUUAGACUGUUCUGCCGGACGCUUGUACUCAUUUUUUUAAAUUAUGUACUAAGGCUGUACAUACAUACAUGUAUCAAUAUCAUACAUGGUUACCAGACAUUUUGAAGAUCAAUCAGCAUCGAAUGAUACCACACACGAAAAGGGUGAAAGGGAGUAAUGUAUAAAAGGUCUGUUCUACUCCUGCCCAGUGAGUUGCUUAAGCCAUAGAUGAAUGCAGAUGCUUAAAAAACGGUAUGAUAGAAAUGCGCGGUCACGCUCAUACAUACUGAUACAGAACCACUGUACAGCGUGAAGCAGCAUUAUGAGUUUUGUUUUAGUAAGGUGGACCUCUGGCUUUUCCAUAACAUGCUUCGGAACACACAUGCUUCUGUGCAUUUCCACUUUGAAAAUCAAAGCUCUCUACGCGUACGGUGGCACACACGGCUAAGUAACUUAUUUCGUGGUGCAAUCUUUCCUCACUACCUGUUAUUAAACUGCCGGAUGGUGCUUUCCAUGUACGGCACAUCCUCCACAGCACGAGAACCAGUUGGUAGACUCUUUCAUGGCGUGGACGCACAGCUACCAAGGAUUUCAGCUAUUACGUCACCCAUCUGGACUGAAAAGCCAAUUUAUUUCAAUGACAGUACAUUUUCUCAGUCUUAUUCAUAGCCGUUAUGUGUUGUGUGUCCUUUAUUUUUACCCCCCCCCCCCCCCCCCCGCCACAUUUUUUUUAGAAAAAUACUGAGAAUACUGGAAUUAUGUAUUUGUGAAUGUUCUCUUAAUUCGGAAUUUUUCCUUGCCUUUCUGUAAGUCGAAAAUGCUGUAUUUAUCUGCCACAGCGCUUAUGCAAUUGUAUCGUUUGUAUAGUUUUUUUCGUUUUUAUUUUCUUCUGUCAGUGUAAAUUACAUGUCGUCAAAAGUUUCGUGCAAGUGGAAAACCGUCAAGGGAGGUUUUCUGUACUUUUUGGACAAAUAUGAAUUUGUGGGUAGAAUUUUGAAAAUUCGUUUCUAAGUGCAUUCAAGUAUUUACUUGGCCUUAUGUAUAUAUAUAUGAAAAUUUCAGAAAGGUAUGUAUAGUAAUUCAACCUGAAAUGGAUGUAAAUAAAUUAUAUAUUGUUAAAA